CUCGUUUACGAAUGUGAUAAAGUCUUAUAUAUUUGUCUAUAAGUACAUUUUGUUUAUAAGUUGUGUAUUAUUAUUGACCUUACGAUCGAGUCUUUAUUUAUUGGAUAAAUAAAACAUAGGCGGAAAGAGUAGUUUCAAAGUGAGGCCAUGUUUUCCGACGUAUUAACGUAUUACGGGUAGAGACAGCAGGAAAAUGGCCGAUAGCGUGUUUUUGCAGUGUUGCUCGAUUCGGUGUAGUUCUCGAUAAAUCCCUCCACCCAACAUACAUGGACGUAUGUCUAAAAAGGAAUUUCCUUUGAUGAAAGAAUAAAUUUCGAAACGGUUACUGUGUACACGUAUACCAGUAUGGCAAGUCCUUCGCCACAAUCGUCCCCGAUGCCACCGCCACAAGCUCCAAGCCCUAUGGGCCCUCCUCAGCAGGCGCCAUCGCCAUCCAAUCCACAAGGUAGUCCAAUGGGUCCACCCCAGCACCAUCCUCAUAGUCCAACGCAGGCAUAUCAAACUGGUCAAUCGAUUCCAUCUGGCGGCCCACCUAUGUCUCAAUCGUCUCAACAGCCACCGCCGCAACAACAAAAUUAUGCAUCCCAUCCACAACAAAUGCAAUCGAACAUGGGUCCACAGAAUCAAAGUGUCCAAUCGAACAACCAAAAUUCGAGCUCCCCACAAGGUCCUGGAGGACCAAUGGUACCGGGCCAAAUGGGACCAAACGGACCCCAAGGAACAUCCCACAUGAUGCAGUCUGGUCCAAAUCAAAUGACCACCACCGGGCCAGGACAAAUGGGAACCGGCGGGCCUGGUCAAAUGGGUCAGGGUGGUCCUGGUCAACUGGGGUCAGGUGGCCCAGGGCCGAUCGGACCAAGUCACAUGGGACAAGGAAGCGGAGGACCACCGGGCGGUCCUCACAUGAAUCAAGGACCUGCACAAAUGGGCCCUGGAAGUGGACCCGUAUCAGGACCACAAAUGGGUCCUGGCGGACCAGCCAACUCGCAAAUGGGCCCUGGAGGUCCUAGCCAUAUGAGUGGUCCUCCAGGAUCGGGUCAUAUUAGUACAACCGGUCAACCGGGCCAAGGACAUAUGAGUUCGAGCGGGCCACCUGGUCCAGGUCACAUGAAUACGAAUGGAUCACCAGGAUCGGGACACGUAAAUACAAAUGGUCCUCCGGGAUCUGGCCAUAUGAACACUAACGGACCUCCAGGUUCAACACACAUAAACACCAGUGGCCCACCUGGACCAGGAAGUCAUCUAAACAGUGGUCCGCCCAUUUCGAGUCACAUGAAUGCAAGUGGUCCACCAGGAUCGGGACACAUGAGCGCCAGCGGACCGGGGAGUCACAUGGGACCUGGAGGUUCGAGUCAGAUGCCGCAAGGUGGUCCUAAUACACACAACAUUCCACCAGGUGGUCCGAAUCAAAUGGGCCUUGGCGGUCCAAACCAGAUGUCGUCUAGUAAUCAAUCUCCGAUGGGUCCGAAUCCCAUGGUACCCGUUGGUCCAACGGGGCAAAUGGGACAUAAUGGACCUUCACAGAUGGGCCCAAAUGGGCCUGGACAAAUGAAUAUGGGAGGCCCAUCGUCGCAAAUGGGAUUGGGACCAGGUGGUCCCGGUAGUCAGGUAGGACCAGGUCAACUAGGACCAGGAAGUGGCCCUGUAGGACAAUUGGGACCGACCGGCCUUGGACAAAUGGGUCCAGGAAGUGGUCCCGGAGGACAGAUGCCUUCCAGUAAUGGGCCUGGAGGUCCUUUGGGUCCUGGAAAUAGUCCUGGAGGACAAAUGGGAUCUAGUGGUGGUCCAGGGGGACAAAUGGGUCCUGGAAACGGCCCCGGUGUUCAGAUGGGACCGGGAAGUGGUCCUGGUGGGCAAAUGGGACCAGGAAAUCAUUCUGGAAAUCCAAUGGCACCAGGUAGUGGGCCUGGCGGUCAGAUGGGUCCGGGAAGUGGUCCUGGUGGGCAAAUGGGACCAGGAAAUAUACCCGGAGGACAAAUUGGUCCAGGAAAUGGUCCUAGUGGACAAAUGGGACCCAGCGGUCCUGGAGGACAGAUGAUCCCCAAUGGUCCAGGUGGGCAAAUGAUACCUGGCGGUCCUGGAAGUCAAAUGGGACCUGGCGGACCUGCCAAUCAGAUAGGACCAACUGGGCCAAACAGUCAAAUGGGCCAUGGUGGAGCGAAUCAAAUGGGACCUAAUGGGCCAAGUGGGCAACCAUCUUCUGGUCAAAUAGGACCUGGUUCUCAAAAUCAACAAAUUAUUUCUGCAAGUUCAACGCCAAUGGGACCCAGCACACCUGUGAAUCAGAUGAGUCAAACUGGACCUGGACAAGUUGGUCCCGCUGGCCCUGGAGGUCCAACCGGUGCUGGGCAAGAAAACUUGAAUGCUCUGCAGAAAGCCAUUGAUUCUAUGGAAGAGAAAGGGCUCCAGGAAGAUCCACGCUACUCUCAGUUACUCGCUUUAAGGGCUCGUCAGGGUAGUAUGGGAGAGAAACAAGCUUUCAGUUCUCAACAAUUACAACAAUUACGUGUACAGAUAAUGGCAUAUCGAUUAUUAGCAAGGAAUCAACCAUUGACGCAACAACUGACGCUUGCUCUUCAAAGUGGAGCACCUCCUCCCCCAGGUAUGGGACAACGGCCAUCCAUAGAUCCAUCUCAAGGAACCACUACCGCCGCGGGACCACAAAUUCCUGGACCAAACGUAAUUGGUUCUGCAGUUCCUCCAAGACAAGGUUGUCAAACCCCACAACAACAACAACCUCCACAACCGGGUGCCAAAACUAACAGAGUAACGAGUGUGGCGAAACCAGCCGGUUUAGACCCUCUAUUGAUAUUACAAGAACGGGAAAACAGAGUGGCAGCACGUAUAUCAUUACGUAUGGAACAGUUGAGUAAUUUACCAACCAAUAUGCCAGAAGAUCUUCGUGUUCAAGCACAAAUCGAACUGCGGAUGCUUAGGGUAUUAAAUUUUCAAAGACAAUUACGUUCAGAGAUUUUAGCAUGCACGCGCAAGGACACUACAUUAGAAACUGCUGUAAAUGUAAAAGCCUACAAGCGUACAAAGAAACAAGGUCUUCGAGAAGCUAGGGCUACUGAGAAACUUGAGAAACAACAAAAAUUAGAAGCAGAACGAAAACGCAGGCAGAAACAUCAAGAAUUUCUUAAUUCGGUACUUCAACAUGGUAAAGAUUUCAAAGAGUUCCAUCGAAAUAACGUAGCCAAAUUAGCCAGGCUUAACAAAGCAGUUCUGAAUUAUCACGCCAACGCGGAACGAGAACAAAAGAAAGAACAAGAACGAAUUGAAAAGGAACGUAUGAGGCGUCUUAUGGCAGAAGAUGAAGAAGGAUAUAGAAAGUUGAUCGAUCAAAAGAAAGACAAGCGAUUAGCUUUUCUGUUAUCUCAAACUGACGAAUACAUUAGCAAUCUAACUGAAAUGGUAAAACAACAUAAAAUUGAACAGAAGAGGAAACAAGUGGAAGAACAAAAACGCAAGAAAAAAAAGAAGAAGAUGCAAGAUGGCGAAGGAGGCGAAGAUGGAAACUCCAACGAAGACACUCGUAUAGGAGUAAUCGAAAUUGCGACCGGGCGCACAUUAACUGGCGAAGAAGCUCCAUUGAUGAGCCAACUUUCAGCAUUUUUAGAAUCUCAUCCAGGUUGGGAACCGAUUGAGUCAGAAAGCGAAGAUGAUGAUGACGAUGACGAUGACGACAAUGACGGCGAUGACAAAUGUGAUCACAAAGCAAAAGCGCCGGGUGAUUCCGAAGAAGAUAAAGCGAAGAAAACGUUACACAAAGCAAAAGUAGAGGAUGAUGAAUAUAAAACCGAAGAACAGACAUAUUACAGUAUUGCGCAUACUGUUCAUGAAGUGGUAACAGAGCAAGCAUCGAUCAUGGUCAAUGGAAAAUUGAAAGAAUAUCAAAUAAAGGGGUUGGAGUGGUUAGUUUCAUUAUUUAAUAAUAAUCUUAAUGGUAUACUUGCCGAUGAAAUGGGUCUUGGUAAAACUAUUCAAACUAUAGCUUUGGUGACUUAUCUAAUGGAGAAGAAGAAAGUAAACGGACCAUUCCUUAUAAUCGUGCCGUUGUCUACAUUAUCAAAUUGGGUUUUGGAAUUUGAGAAAUGGGCUCCUAGUGUUGUGGUAGUAUCAUAUAAAGGCUCACCGGCGGGUAGAAGAGCUAUUCAGUCUCAAAUGAGAGCCACGAAAUUUAACGUUUUGCUUACUACGUAUGAAUAUGUCAUUAAAGAUAAGGGCGUUUUAGCCAAAUUGCAGUGGAAGUACAUGAUCAUCGACGAAGGUCACAGAAUGAAGAACCAUCAUUGUAAAUUGACACAAGUGCUGAAUACACAUUACUUAGCUCCUCACCGACUUUUACUUACUGGAACACCAUUACAAAACAAAUUACCCGAGCUGUGGGCAUUACUGAAUUUCUUACUACCCUCGAUUUUCAAAUCUUGCAGCACUUUCGAACAGUGGUUCAAUGCUCCAUUCGCAACUACCGGUGAAAAAGUAGAAUUGAACGAAGAAGAAACCAUUCUCAUCAUUCGUCGAUUGCAUAAAGUGCUACGUCCUUUCUUAUUAAGACGUUUGAAGAAAGAAGUUGAAUCUCAGUUACCUGAUAAAGUAGAAUACAUUAUCAAGUGCGACAUGUCUGGAUUACAGAAAGUUCUUUACAAACACAUGCAGAGUAAGGGAGUGCUGUUAACUGACGGUUCCGAGAAGGGAAAGCAAGGCAAAGGGGGUGCUAAAGCCUUGAUGAAUACAAUAGUGCAGUUGAGAAAGUUAUGCAAUCAUCCAUUCAUGUUCCAAGCUAUCGAAGAAAAGUAUUGCGAACAUGUUGGUACGCAGGGGUCUGGCGUAAUUACAGGGCCUGAUUUGUAUCGUGCGUCUGGGAAAUUCGAGUUAUUGGACCGUAUUCUUCCAAAGUUGAAAGCAACCAACCACAGAGUGUUGUUAUUCUGUCAAAUGACACAGUUGAUGACCAUCAUGGAGGACUAUCUAAGCUGGAGAGGAUUCAUGUAUUUGCGAUUAGAUGGUACGACAAAAGCUGAAGACAGGGGAGAUUUGUUGAAGAAGUUCAACGACCCCGGUUCUGAAUAUUUCUUGUUUUUGUUAUCAACGCGUGCUGGUGGUCUCGGAUUAAAUUUGCAGGCUGCGGAUACUGUGAUUAUCUUUGACUCCGACUGGAAUCCACACCAAGACUUACAAGCACAAGACAGAGCACACAGAAUUGGGCAAAAGAACGAAGUACGUGUACUCAGAUUGAUGACGGUGAAUUCGGUCGAAGAAAGAAUAUUGGCCGCGGCUAGGUACAAACUAAACAUGGAUGAAAAAGUUAUACAAGCAGGAAUGUUUGAUCAAAAGUCCACCGGUUCUGAGCGACAACAAUUCUUGCAGAGCAUCUUGCAUCAAGAUGAUGCUGAAGAUGAAGAAGAAAACGAAGUACCGGAUGAUGAGACAGUCAAUCAGAUGAUUGCUCGAACCGAGGGUGAAUUUGAAAUAUUCCAAAAGUUAGACUUGGAAAGAAGAAGAGAAGAAGCAAAAUUAGGUCCAAAUAGAAAGUCUCGAUUAUUAGAAGAAGCUGAGCUGCCCGAUUGGUUGGUGAAAGAUGACGAUGAAGUUGAAAGGUGGACCUACGAAGAAGACGAAGACAGAUUCCUCGGACGAGGUUCGAGACAACGAAAAGAAGUUGAUUACACUGAUAGCUUAACUGAAAAGGAAUGGCUGAAGGCAAUCGACGACGACGGUGCUGAAUAUGAAGAGGAAGAAGAAGACGACAAGAAAAAGAAGAAAACACGAAAACGAAAGAAGAAGGGUGAAGAAGACGACGAACCUAUGCCAAAGAAACGGAGAGGCGGUGGAUCCUCGAUUGAUCCAAAAAUAAAACGAGCCAUGAAGAAGUUGCUUAUGGUAGUUGUUAAUUACACCGAUAGCUCGGAUGGUAGAUUACUUAGCGAACCAUUUAUGAAAUUACCAUCUAGACGAGAAUUGCCGGAUUAUUAUGAAAUUAUUAAGAAACCACUAACCAUUAAUAAAUUACUUCAAAAAAUUGAAGAAGGAAAGUAUGCCGAUUUCGAUGACCUCGAAAAAGAUUUUAUGCAGCUUUGCAAAAAUGCUCAAAUUUAUAACGAGGAAGCUUCUUUGAUACACGAGGAUUCGAUCGUUUUGCAAUCCGUUUUUACAAAUGCGCGGCAACGUAUCGAGGAGGAGGGAAAUAAUUCAGAAAUGGAUGAUAAAGGGGAAGGAGAAGAAGGAUCGGACGCUGAUUCUAGUGUAAGAAUGAAAAUUAAAUUAAAAGGAAGGAAGGGUGAAGGUAGAGGAGGUCGAAGGAAGAGAGUUACAAAAAAAUAUAUAUCCGAUGACGACGACGACGCCGAUGACAACUGAGAAUUGUAUGUGACUUUUUAGAAUAGAGAAGAUAUUAUAGAUGAAAGGUACCUUUAAUCAACUAUCUCAAAUUCAAUUACUAUCCAUGUGUACAAUUGUGAUUAUAUAGAUAAACUAUAUGAUAUUAUUCCUCAAAGAAGCGAUCGAACAUUAUAACUUGAUUACACGGUAUAAUGAUAUUAUUGUCAAUCAGGUUGUAAAUCUCAGAAAUUUGAUCAUUGCUGACAAUUCAAACUUUGAAGUCUACGUUAAAUUCAAUUCUGUAGAUUUGAUUCGAAACGCCAUGAAUUGUAACAGGUCACAGAUUAUUUCUUAUUUUAAACGAGCGUACGUGCCACUUGUGCAAUGUACAGUAUGAUUUAGCGUCGAAUAGUAGUAUGUAAUUUUAUUCUACUGUUAAGGCCGGUAUACAAAGAUCUUACCGUAUAUUAUAUUCGAAGAUAAAAAUGAUAGAAACAACAUACUAUACCGUUUUAUGAGAAUAUACAUAUGUAAAGGAAAGAUAUAGUGAAGAUAUAGUGAAGAUAUAGUGAAGAUCUCAAAAAGUUUUAAGGAUCUUGUAUUUUCGAUGACCUUAAACUACCAAAAAUUUGUUUAAUAUAAUUUCAUACUUUCGACCAGACAAGUUAUUAAUGCUAUGUCUGAAUGACAAUUUAAUUAACAAAAAUGUAGGUGUAUGUAUGUGUGUUCGAAAAAUGUUGAUUUCUAAGGUACAACAUUGAAUUAAUAUACAUAUGUUAAAACAGAUGGAGAAUGUAUAUUGAUAUUUUUUUCCGAGGGAUUUAAAUAUUAUUUAAUACUUUGCGUUAAUUACAUAUAUGUAUAAAAAACAAGUAUCAUGAAAAUCAACAAUCUGUUUUUUAAACAUAGAUCAGUAAAUAGCAGAAAAAUCUUCGUCUAGAAUUCUAUAUCGUAAAAAAUGAUUAUUAAUUAACAUUGUAUUGUAACUUUACCAUAUGUGUAAGUGAAUAAAUCUUGAAAAAUGUCCCAAAAAUCACGUACAGACAUUUUUUAUUAUGCUUGAAAUGAUAGAAAAUCAUUUAUUUGAAUGUGCAAACAACAUUAUAUAUAGAGCCCAAUUUUCAUCAGUUAUUUUGCACUCGUCUAAACCAGUACCCAAUUAUCAAAUGUUUUGUUUUCUAACCAGAAUUCAUAUACUCUUUACAUUCUUCUUAGAUUUGUGCAAAUUUUACUCUGGAAUAAUGAAGACAAACUUUAGAUUCUUUAGAUGGUUAGUUUAGAACUUUAGAUGGACAGUCGAGAUUCGAAAGGGUCUGGCGGGAUAUGCGUGUGAAAAGUGCCCCCGAACGGAUUAGUUUGAUUUUUGGCUAGGUAUUACUUCUAGAUAUGUAUAUAACUUUCCUAAAUUUUUAACCCGAGAUAUGCAUUAAUUUUUAAGUUAUUUAACAAUAAAGA